AUGCGUCUUUCGACCCUCGCUACCACCUCCCUGGCCCUCGCGCCCGCCGUCGUGUCUGCCUCGGGCACGCUCGGCUUCUCGCUGGGCACCAAGCUGCCCGACGGUACCUGCAAGUUCCAGGCCGACUACGAGAAGGACUUUGACGCCAUCUCGACGGCGUCCGGCAGCAAGCUCGUCCGCGGCUACUCGGUUUCCGACUGCAACUUCGCCAAGGAGAUCCUGCCCGCUGCGAAGUCCAAGGGCUUCAAGGUCGUGCUGGCCGUGUGGCCCGAUGUCGACGAGUCGCUCCAGGCCGACAAGAAGGCCCUCAAGACGUACGCCACCGACGAGUACGCCGACCAGAUCUACGCCGUCACCAUCGGCUCCGAGACGCUGUACCGCGGCAACUUCACCGGCGAGGAGCUGCUCGAGAAGAUCAACGACGUCCGCACCGUGCUGCCCAAGGGCACCAAGGUCGGCACUGCCGAUUCGUGGAACAAGUGGGCUGAUGGCACCGGCGAUGCCGUCGUCAAGGGCGGCGUCGACCUGAUCCUGGCCAACGCCUUCGCCUACUGGCAGGGCGCCGACAUCAAGAACGCCUCCAAGGUCUACUUCGACGACAUGUCCCAGGCCAUUGCCCACAUCCAGGAGGUUGCUGGCGGUCCCGACAAGGCUCCUGAAAUCUGGAACGGCGAGACUGGCUGGCCCACCGACGGUGGUUCCGACUACGAGGCUGCCAAGGCCGGUACCGAUAAUGCCAAGACGUACUAUCACGAGAGCGUGUGCGGCGCUUUGAAGUGGGGACUCAAUGCAUUCUACUUCGAGGCGUUCGACGAGCCGUGGAAGCCCGUGAGCGUUGGCGACAACGGAGAGGAGAAGGACGAGACCAAAUGGGGUGCCAUGACUUCUGACCGCAAGUCCAAGUUCGACCUCAAGUGCACUUAG